GGAAUAGCAGAUGACACUGGCGAUGUAAUGGCAGGUGGAUAUUAGAGCGGAGCAAUGGAGCUUAUUUUACUGUUUCUCACGAGCUUGGUUUUCACGCUAGGUCAAGUUCAAGGUCAAAAUGUGACCCUCCAUGGCCCAGCAGAUACAGCCCAGACGGUCAGUAAGUCGGUGGUCAUGUACUGCAACGUGGUGAAGGAGCCAGGCGAUGGUGGCUCCAGCAAUCUCCAGUACGACAAACCGUACAUCGUCAACUGGACGUUCACCCCUCUGGGUAGUACCAAGUCUAGCGUCAUCGUGAAGUGGACACACCACUACAACAAGACCUACACCAACCUCACGUCUCACCCGGAGAAGUACCACAACACGAUGCCGGUCCAUCUUCAGAUCUCGGACCUGACCUUGGAUGAUGCCGGGACUUACGGAUGCUGGUCCAACGUGACAAGUCCUGCCAUAAAAACUGCUCAGUUAUAUCUAAUUGCCAUGCCAUCAUGUCGAAACGAAAACCCGGAGACCCAGUACAAGAACAAUAUUACCCUAGACUGCUCUGUCACCUUUGCUGGCACCAAGGCUCCUCGCCUCUAUUGGAACCAUGGCGACAGAAAUCUGAAUUCCACAACGACUCUGCAGAACGCCAGCAGCUUGCGAGCCAGUCUCCGGAUGGUGGCCAACAGCGACAUGAAUGGCCACAUCUACAACUGCCUCAUCACCUACCCCCAGAACUUGUUGAAUGUUGUGUGUCAAGCUCUGCCGGCCAUGAAGAUAUAUGUGCCGGUGAAGGUGACCCAGGUGUGGUCGCUGCCCCACGUGUCAACCAGCGUGUACAAGCUCGGAUCAUCCAUCGAACUGCACUGUGUGGCCAAAGGCUACCCGUCCCCCUUUUAUGCCUGGUCCUUCGCCCCCCUUGACAACAUCACUGGAUUUGUCCGCCUCUCCAGCAACUCCUUCUACAACAUCAACAACUUCAAGCCACGUGACCAGGGCACCUACAGAUGUGCAGCGGUCAAUGAUAUAGAUGGCGUUUCUUAUAACGACAGCAAGGAUAUCAAUAUUACUAUAGACGAAAGUGCUGCCCUAGCCCAAGGGGGUGAAAACGCUGCGUACACCAUCGCCAAACAUGAAGAGCGGGAGAUAUCAAAGAUUAUAGAUCACAGGUCACCUUUACAAAUCUCUCCAUACGCUAUCGGCGCCCUCAUCAGCGCUGGCCUUGCCAUCCUCCUCAUCGUUGUCUUCGUCGCCCUUGCCAUGAGGAUGAAGAAGCGUGAGCGGAAGAUGCGGGAGAAAAUAUCACGCGCACACGACGAGAUGUUGGAUGACCAGGAGGUUGAGCUGCUUGAUGAGAGUCUUCAGCACCAGCCCGAGUACAUGCCAUCGGAGUACUCCAAACUGCGGAUGUCAUGGGAGAUUCCACGUCGAGACAUCCGGCUGGUGGAGCAGAUCGGGAAGGGGUCGUACGUUGAGGUGUGGAAGGGGAGGAUGAGGAAACAGCCUGGCACCAACGACAUCAUGAGAGUUGCCAUUAAGAAACUCAUCUCUGAGUCGACAGAAAAUGAGCGUCGGUUGUUUGUGUCUGAGUUGGAGGUGAUGAAGAUGCUACCCGCCCAAAUCAACAUCAUCCGCCUCAUCGGCAGCUACACCACCAAUGAGCCAUGGCUGGUAAUGUUGGAGUACACAUCGGAGGGGAGCCUACUGGCCUUCCUCCAGAAACAUCGCCCCGGGCAACAGGAGGUGGUCAUCAACCACAGCAACGAGAACCAGGCAGUCCGGCUCCAGAACCAGACACUUGACCCUCACAAACUCCUGGCCCUUGCUGCCCAGAUAGCCAGCGGCCUGGACCACCUGCAGAGGUUCAAGCUGAUCUACUACCGCCUGAAGACGGCCCGUGUGUUGGUCGGGAAGGGAGGCAUCUGUAAACUGUCCGGCUUCGGAUUUCCGCAAGAGGUGGCAGAAAGGAAUAUAUAUGAACUGUCAUCAUCCCCUGUGAGAUGGCUAGCUCCCGAGUGUCUGUCGGAGAAAGUGUUCAAUGUCAAAACUGAUGUGUGGGCGUAUGGAGUCGUUUUGUGGGAAAUUCUACAUUUUGGGAUGACCCCGUACCCAGCAAUGGGGCCCCAGGAAGUGCUGGAAAGGGUGCAGUCCGGCUACAGAAUGCCCCAGCCCCAACACUGCAGCCCACACCUGUUCAACAUGAUGUCAGCUUGUUGGCAUGGCAACCCCGAAGACCGUCCGACCUACAGUCAAAUAAUUGAAGCUCUCACCGAGUUAGCUCAAGACCACUACACACACAUCAUGUUCGACCGACUACCAGAUUAUCUUAAAACUCCAGAUGGUUACGACGACACUGUGUCCUGAAUGACCUUGACCUAGAAAAUAGAGGUCAUUUGUCAGACAACCUCACAAAUGUUUGACAAGUUUAAUGUCAUAAUCAUACAUGUAUGUAUUCUCAAGACAUUUCUUUACGGAAUGACCUUGACCUUGCUAUAAUAAUGACCUUGACAGUAACUUGGAGUCAUGGGUCAUGGACAAUGCCACCAAUAAGCUUAGGAAUCACCAGUGUUCAAAGUGCAGUCGCAUCUCUGAUAUAAAUUAUUCCCUGUUACGGAAUGAAGAAAUAUUUUUUAGUAUCGCAGAUGGAUUGUUCUUUGUAAGUGACCUUCACUACUCAUGUCUGACACUUUGACCUUGACCUUUAGAGGUAGUGUCUCUCAGAUAUCUCCUGAAAUCAUCCUUCAUAACAGAUUGUAUUGAUAGAUCUUGUCACAUUUAAUGUUAUCUCAUGGAGACAAGGAAAGGAAUACCAUUUGCCUGUUAGUUUCAUGUAUUGAGAUGGCAGCUACCAGCAAAA